AAUGGUAGUUGUAGGCUUCCUUUUGGACCCAAGUUGAUGGAGAUGCUCUCUGAGGUCCUUCUUGCCACAGACCUUGGACCCCCGAGACAGGAUCCAGCAUCCUGACUUCCACAGUUUCAAAUCCCAGACCCAAGUUCCCAACUUGAUGCUAAUUAUGUUCUGCCGGGAAGCGGGGGAGGCCCAGCUCCGGCCUCCAGGGAUGGACCUCGUGGACCCUGACAUCUUUAAUAAGGACCCUCGGGAUCACUAUGAUCUGCUGCAGCGGCUGGGUGGUGGCACCUACGGGGAAGUCUUCAAGGCUCGUGACAAGGUGUCUAAGGACGUGGUGGCAUUGAAGAUGGUGAAGAUGGAGCCUGAUGACGAUGUCUCCACCCUUCAAAAGGAGAUCCUCAUGUUGAAAACUUGCCGGCAUGCCAACAUCGUGGCUUACCAUGGCAGUUACCUCUGGAUGCAGAAGCUCUGGAUCUGCAUGGAAUUCUGUGGGGCUGGCUCUCUGCAGGACAUCUACCAAGUGACUGGCUCCCUGACUGAGCUCCAAAUUGGCUAUGUAUGCCGGGAAGUGCUGCAGGGAUUGGCCUAUCUCCAUUCACAGAAGAAAAUACAUCGAGAUAUCAAGGGAGCCAACAUCCUCAUCAAUGAUGCUGGGGAGGUUAAACUAGCUGACUUUGGGAUCUCUGCCCAGAUCGGGGCGACAUUGGCCAGACGCCUCUCUUUCAUUGGGACACCAUACUGGAUGGCUCCAGAGGUGGCAGCUGUGGCCCUGAAGGGUGGAUACAACGAGCUGUGUGACAUCUGGUCUCUUGGAAUUACGGCCAUUGAGCUGGCUGAGCUACAGCCUCCACUUUUUGACGUGCACCCUCUCAGAGUUCUCUUCCUCAUGACAAAGAGUGGCUACCAGCCUCCAAGGCUAAAGGAAAAGGGCAGAUGGUCAGCUGCCUUCCAUAACUUUGUCAAAGUCACCCUCACCAAGAGCCCCAAGAAACGACCUGGUGCCACCAAGAUGCUCAGUCAUCAGUUGGUGUCCCAGCCUGGGCUGAAUAGAGGCCUCAUCCUGGAUCUUCUUGACAAACUGAGGAAUCCUGGGAAGGGGCCGCCUGUGGGUGAGAUUGAAGAUGAGGAGCCUGAGCUACCCCCUGCCAUCCCUCGGCGGAUCAGAUCUACCCACCGGGCCAGCUCACUGGGGAUCCCAGAUGCAGAUUGCUGCCGGCGACACAUGGAGUUCCGGAGGCUCAGAGGCAUUGAGCCCAGACCCCCACCUGACACAGUUCACUUACAGCCCCCUGGAGACUUUAGGAGCACCAGUCCCAGGAGCCAACCGUCAGAAUCCGAUGAUGACUAUGAUGAUGUGGACAUCCCUGCCCCUGCAGAAGACACACCUCCCCCAUUGCCCCCCAAGCCCAAGCUCCGCUCUCCAUCAGAGGAUGGUCCUGGAGGCAUAGGAGACGAUGGACAACUGAGCCCAGGAGUGCUGGUCCGGUGUGCCAGUGGGCCUCCUCCACGCAUCCCCCGUCCUGGGCCACCCCCAGCCACCCACAGCCCCAACCUCUCAGCCCACUCAGAACCCUCCCUGUGGAGUCCAACUGUUCCGGAGCCUGGCCAGCCCCCACUGCUUCCCCCUAAGAAGGAAAAGAUGAGGAGAAAGAUGGAGAAAGUGAGGCACAGAGAGGGAUGUGCCCUUCUCGUGAAGUUAUUCAAUGGCUGCCCCCUCCGGAUACACAGUACGGCUUCCUGGACACACCCAUCCACUAAAGACCAGCACCUGCUUCUGGGCGCAGAGGAAGGUAUUUUCGGAUUGAACCGGAAUGACCAGGAAGCCACGCUAGAGAUGCUCUUUCCUAGCCGGACGACCUGGGUAUACUGCAUCAACAACCUCCUCAUGUCCCUCUCAGGAAAGACUCCCCACCUGUAUUCACAUAGCAUCCUGGGUCUGCUGGAACGGAAAGAAACCAGGACAGGAGGUCCCAUACCUCACAUUAGCCCUCACAGGCUACUGGCAAGAAAGAACAUGGUCUCCACCAAGAUCCAGGACACCAAAGGCUGCCGGGCUUGCUGUGUGGCCGAGAGUGCUGGCUCUGGGGGCCCUUUCCUGUGCGGGGCUUUGGAGACAUCAGUAGCACUGUACCAGUGGUACCAGCCCAUGAACAAAUUCCUUCUUGUCCGGCAGGUGCUGUUCCCGCUGCCUACGCCGCUCCCGGUGUUCGAGCUUUUGACGGCGCCAGGCUCGGAGCUGCCGGCCGUGUGCAUAGGCGUGAGCCCCGGGCCUGCGGCACGCUCGGUGCUCCUCCACACCGUGCGCUUCGGCGCGCUGUCCUGCUGGCUGGACGACCCCAGCACUGACCACAAGGGACCAGUGCAAGUGACUCAGGUGAAAGAAGACAUGGUGAUGGUGUUGAUGGACGGCUCUCUGAAGCUAGUGACCCCAGAGGGGGCCCCAGCUCGGGGGCUUCGCACCUCUGAGAUCCCCAUGACGGAAGUGGUGGAGGCUGUGGCUAUGGUUGGGGAUCGACUCCAGGCUUUCUGGAAGCAUGGCGUGCAGGUGUGGGCUCCAGGCUCCGACCAGCUGCUACAGGAGCUGAGAGACCCCACCCUCACCUUCCGUCUGCUUGGCUCCCCCAGGCCUGUAGUGGUGGAGACACGGCCCACGGAUGACCCCAAUGCCCCCAGCAACCUCUACAUCCAGGAAUGAGCCCCUGGGGGGCGUGGCAUGAGGAACGGGCUCCCACAGAACCCCUCUCUAACAGACACACUAGUGGUCACAGCAUGCCUUUGUCUUCCAAUAAACAUGACUUCAGUCUC